AUGCAGCUCCUCCAGGUCACAACCCUGCUGCUUUCUCUCCUCUGCACCACACACAGUGCCUCCGAGGCCGACUGUGACCGCUGGCAGGACCUGGACUCUGCAGUGGUCCAUAAGGAUGGUCAGGUGAUCCUGGCUGGAAUGUUUCCCAUCCACUCUAAGGACAUAGAGCAGCAGCUGGACUUCACCAGUUCUCCAGGCAAGAGGAGAUGCAGGGGGUUAAACCUGCGUGUGUUUCGCUGGUCACAGUCCAUGAUCUACUUCAUAGAGGAGAUCAACAGAGACCCUAACCUGCUGCCCAACAUCACCCUGGGCUACAGGAUCUACGACACAUGCGGGCUGGUGGCUCUGUCGAUGAGAACGGCCUUGUCGGUGGUCUCACAGCCCCUGAAAAGAAACAGUACUGGAGCUUGUUCGUCUCCCACUGUCCCUCUGAUCAUAGGAGACUCGGGAUCCACCCUGUCUAUGGCCAUCUCCAGACUGCUCAAUCUGUUCAGCGUCCCACUGGUUAGUUACUUUGCCUCCUGCGCUUGUCUGAGUGACAAGCAGAAGUUCCCGUACUUCUUCCGUACAAUUCCCAGCGACGCGUACCAGGCCAGCGCUCUCGCUCGCCUUGUGAAGCACUUUGGCUGGACGUGGGUGGGCGCAAUAGGCGGCGAUGAUGCUUAUGGGCGAACUGCCCUGGACAUGUUCACCACUGAGGUAACCCGCCUGGGCGUAUGCGUGGCCUUCCGGGUCAUCAUCCCGAAGUUACCUUCCCAGCUGCAGCUCCAGGACAUCGUAAAGACGAUUCGAGACUCCACUGCACGCGUACUGGUCGCCUUUGCCAUCGAGGAGGACAUCCAGCCAGUGGUGGAGGAGACGGUUAGGCAGAAGGUGAUGGGAAAACAAUGGGUGGCCAGUGAAGCCUGGAUAACAUCCACCCUCAUCUCCACCAACUACCCCUCUUUCAGCGGCACCAUCGGUUUUGCCAUCCGCCGGGCUGAAAUCCCUGGCCUCAGGACGUUCCUCCACAGCCUGCAGCCAUUGGCUGACCCAUAUAACCCCUCUGCCAGGGAAUUCUGGGAAACGCAGUUUCAAUGCUCCUUUAAUACAAGCACGCCAGUUGAUUCUAUGGCUGACCCUGUCCACUACAACCGCAUCUGUACAGGACAGGAGAAGAUUGAGGACACUGAGACUAUCUAUAAUGAUGUGUCUCAGCUCAGAGUGACCUAUAACAUGCACAAGGCUGUAUAUGCAGUAGCACACGCACUGCACAACCUGCUAAUGUGCAAGAAGGAAGAGAGCAGCACUGAUAAACAGCAGCAGUGUCCAGAUAUCUACAACCUGCAGCCCUGGCAGGUGAUACAGUACCUGAAGGAGGUAAACUACACCAAUGUGUUUGGAGACACUGUGUAUUUUGAUGAGUAUGGAGAUCCUGUUGCGUCGUAUGAUUUGGUAAACUGGCAGAAUGGAACGGAGGGCGGGCCACUGCAGUUUGUUACCGUCGGACGCUUUGACUCUUCUCUUCCAACCGAGCAGCAGCUAGUGCUACACCAGGACAGCAUUGUUUGGCAAGCGGGAUCCAGAGAGGUGCCAGUAUCGGUGUGUUCACCUAGCUGCCUGCCAGGCUACAGGAAAGCCACGCGUAAAGGCGAGCCUGUCUGCUGCUAUGACUGUGUGCCCUGUGCCGAGGGCACCAUCAGCAAGAGCACAGAUCAGUCUGAGUGCACUCUCUGCCCCGAGGACCUCUGGUCCAACCCACAGCGUGACGUUUGCAUUGACAAGCAGAUCGAGUUUCUGUCCUACACCGAGGGUUUCGGAAUGGCCCUCGCAGCCACAGCCAUCCUGGGUGUCGUCACUACCGUGACCGUGGCUGUCAUUUUCCUGCGUCACCGAGACACGGCCCUGGUCCGCGCCAACAACUCGGAGCUGAGCUUCCUGCUGCUGCUGUCACUCGCCUUCUGCUUCUUAUGUGCGCUCACCUUCCUGGGCCAGCCGACCCGCUGGGCCUGCCAGCUCAGGCGCACUGCCUUUGGCCUGACCUUUGCCCUCUGUCUCUCCUGCCUGCUGAGCAAGACUCUGGUGGUGCUCAUGGCCUUCAGGGCCACACUGCCUGGUAACAACGCAGCACAGUGGUUCCGCCCCCCACAGCAGCGUCUGGGUGUGUUUCUGUGCUCCGCCCUACAGUGUGCAAUCUGUGUGGCUUGGCUAACCACAGCGCCACCUUAUCCGGUGAAGAACACCUGGCUGUACCGUGACCGGAUCAUUCUAGAAUGCCACUUGGGUUCCUUGGCUCUGUUCUGCUGCGUGCUCGGCUACAUCGGCUGUCUCGCUGCCUUUUGCUUUAUCCUGGCCUUCCUGGCCCGGAAGCUGCCCAGUAACUUUAACGAAGCCAAGUUCAUCACAUUCAGCAUGAUCAUAUUCUGUGCAGUUUGGAUCACAUUCAUCCCAGCUUAUGUCAGCUCUCCGGGAAAGUUCACUGUAGCUGUGGAGAUAUUUGCUAUCUUAGCCUCUAGUUUUGGGGUACUUCUCUGUAUAUUUGCCCCCAAAUGUUACAUCAUCAUCUUUAUGCCUGAGAAGAAUACGAAAAAAUAUCUCAUGUCUCAGAAAAGUAGCAGGUGA